GCCCGUUCUUGCCGGGCGGUGGCUCGAUGCCCAUUGCAGUUGCCAAGGUCCUUGGGGGCCUGGCACUUUGCUUGGCUGCUGCUCUCUUCACCUGGCUGCAGAUGUGCAGAUCUACAGAGGAUCCGCCUCCUAGCCACGUGCUUUUCCUCACCGGGAAGUACAAAGAGCCCUACAGGUUCUUCGAGACCGAGCGACUCCUAAGGAAGACGGCGAUCACGUUCAUUGGAGGGUUGCUCCCGAUAGCAGCCUCCCCUGCUCUCCAGAUGGGUUGUCUAGGCGUCAUUGUCCUGAUUUCCCUGACCCUCUACAUGUUCUGCCAGCCGUACAACAACAAAGCCUGGAACAGGACAGAAAUCAGCCUCCUUCUCAUGUCGGCCUUUCUGAUCGUUAUUGUCGCCACGUU